CUUGCCAAACUCCAGUCAAUCACUUUAAAAUUUGAAGUUUCACUCACUCACGCCAUCCAAUGCUUUACCUCCUUAUUUCUUUUUUCUCUUUCAUCCUCCUUUCCAAGUCCUUCACUCACCACAAGCCAAUGUUACAGACAUGGGAGGAUAACAUCAGAUUAAUCUCACUCAAGUUUUGGAGUGGAUCUUCAAGUUUUCUCCAGAAAAACUGGAUUUCACUCCAACCCAUCACCUCCAAAUUAAAAAAGAUGGUGACUUCUGGUUCAAAUGUGGAGGGGCAGAGAGAGGAGAGAGAAACUAGUCUCUCUCUCCUGGAUUUACCCGACUUGGCCUUGAGCUGCAUUCUUGAGAAGCUUCCCCCAUCUGGGUUGUGCUCCAUGGCAGCAGUUUGUUCUUCUCUAAGGGAGAGCUGCAGAAGUGAUCACUUGUGGGACAACCAUAUCAAGCACAAAUGGGGUACACUUAUUGGGCCUGCUGCUUACAGACAAUGGCAACUGCAUGUGGCCUCAAGAAAUAGAAUCAGACAUUUCUGUCUUAAGACCAAGAAAAAAGGUCUAAUGGAGUCCCUUGCGGCUAUCAUUUUGCCUUCCACAUGGACUACUCUGCCACAAUCAGUAACUUGUGUGUGUAAUUGUAAAGUGAAGGCUAGCAGUCGUAGUUUACCAGUCCAUUCGAUCAUGUCUCUGUGUCUCUCUCUCGAAAGUGGCAAGUUCUGGUUCCCGGCUCAGGUCUACAACCGCGAGCAUGGUAAUCUAGGGUUUCUGCUGUCUUGUUAUGAUGCACAACUGCGCUAUGAUUCGUGGACAAACACAUUUCAAGCACGGUAUUCACCUUAUGGGCGGAGGGUAGUAGAGGAAAAUAUACCAUGGGAUAGAUUAAGAGCGGCUCCAGUUGAUACUCCUCCUUACAAACUUCAUGUUUCUGAUUGUUUACAUGACUUAAAACCCGGUGAUCAUAUUGAGAUCCAGUGGAGAAGAAACAAUGAAUAUCCUUAUGGUUGGUGGUAUGGUGUCAUUGGUCACUUAGAGUUGUGCAAUGGGAAUGUGAAUCACUGCCGUUGUCACUACAAUGAUAUAGUAGUGCUGGAGUUCCAUCAUUACACUCCUGGAUCCCGGUGGAGACAAAUGACGAUAAACAGGAAGGACCAUCGAGAAGAAGGCAAUGAAGCAGACGGCUUCUAUGGAGGAAUCCGAAAGCUUUACAAUGAUGAGGAAAUUGCAAGGUGGAAGCGUUUAUGGCCGAGCCAAGUUCUGGAAUAAACCUUCUACUAUUACUCCUAUCCAUUCUGUAAAUAAUUAAGCUCCCUUUCCCCCUCUCUUUUUGCUGUUGAGAUGUGAAUGAAGAUCAAAAUAACACUCGACGUGUUCUCAAGUAGAAACCUCAACAGAAGUAUGUAACUGUUUAGAAAGCUGAAAAAUUGAGUUACAAAAGCCCUCACUGCUCUCACCCAUAUCUAAACCAAUUCUCCUAUUUAGAAGAGUGUGAUCAAUGUUAUCAAAACAACCAACAAUGUCUGCUUUGAAAAAUUGAUCUACUGUCCCCCAACUAUCAACAUGCUUGAAGAAUGUGAAGCCCAAGCGCCCCUUGUUGGGCUGUUGUGUUUUUUUUUGAUUUUUUUUUUUUUUUUUUUUUUUUUUUUGGUUGUUUGCUAGGUCCGGCCGAUCUCCCCUUUUAUGUGAAGCCUAAUACCAACCCGGCCUUUGUUGAAAUCGGCCCGAGGCCUGCUCGAAACCUAGCCUUUUGUCCUUGCCCCACCCGUGCCUUUUCCCCAUUUCCCUUGGCCAUUCCAGAAAUUAAGCCCAAAGCUGUCCCUUCAAAACGUGCCGUCCCACACUUCUUCAACUUCACCCACUUGCCAAGGUUACGUUGAAGGUUGUGGCUGGUGGAUGAAGGUAUGAAAGUGCAGAGAAGGUGCUGCAACUUGAAGCUUGCUGCCGCUGUUUUGGGGCUAGGGCCCGUGGGUAAAGUGGGGGUUUUUCAUGUUUCUGACGGAAUAUUUGCUUAACCUGUUGGGUGGAACAGGUUAUUGGCAUAGAUAGGAGCUGAUUAGUCACCAUAAAAUGUAGAGAAGGAUAUAAGUAGCCAUAUAAUAUGUAACAAGGACCUUGUGAAUGGAGAAAAAUGAUGAGAAAGUUGAUGUUUAAAGUUGUUUUGUUUGUA